AUGUACACCAAAAAUCGAAAAUUAGCCAAGAGAGACACACCCAGCAAACCCAUUGAAGAUUACUUUCCCAAUUCCUCUCCAGAAAUUACCACUCUCUCCUCCGAUGAUGAUUCCGAUGAUUCUGCUGCUGAAACUCUUAAUAAGAAUCAAAACAACACAAAACAAAUUGUUAAUAAUCAUCAACAAACAAUUGAAUCGAAAAAGCAAAAAGGUAUUCAAAAGAUUACAAGUGCUAGUAUUGCCACUUCAUUUGCUCAUUCAUCGGUGAGAUUGUUAAAGAAGAAGAAACUGAAUCCUCCCUCAUCACCUCAACCUAUUAUUAAUAAUAAUACUAAUGAUGAGAAUAAUUUAAUUUCAUCGUCAUCUUCAUCUAAUAGUACUGCUACUACUACUACUACUUCUUCAAUAAUACCUUCGGAAUCGACAAGUGUAAUAUCACCACCAAUUAUUAAUAUGGAUGAUCAUCAUGUAUCUAGUUCACUCUCUGAUAGAAGUUCUACGGAGGAAAAAAGUAAUAAUUCAAAUUCAUUGAAUAAUUCUCAAUUAGCUAGUUCUGAAUUAAUUAAAAUUGGAAAUGAAAUUAAGCAUUCAAUAGAUGCAUCCUUAUCACAAGCAGUUGGAGGAGUGGAAUGUGUAUCAAAUAUUAUAGUAUUGGAUGUGAAUAAUUCCGAUCAUAAUGAGCCAAUAACACCAUCCUCAUCAUCGAUAUUAUCAUCACAAAUAGAGGAACAACCAAAACAAGUGAAUGAUUCAUUAUUAAUGAUGAAUUCAAGUCAAGCAACAAGUAUGGGAAGACAAGUAAUGAAAAUGGAAGAGGAUGAAUUGAUGAAAAUAUCAAGGAUUGAGGGAAAUCAACAUUUAAAUGAUACAAGUACAUUAUCAGAAAGACAAGGAAUCCAAGAUGAGAUACAGCAUUCACCACCUAUUGCCUUCUUUGUCACAUUCAGAGAUGAAACUGUGAUGAUUUAUCAUAGUGUUCAUUUGAUGAAUUGUGAUCCUUCUCUAUUAAUUGCAAAAAUUAGAUUGAAAAUUACAGAUCUACCAACAAGAGACUUUAGUGUGAAAUAUUGGGAUGAUUUUGUGGGAGGAUUUGUGAGAUUUGAUCACGAUGUGCUGACCUAUAUUGUGAGAGCAAAUUUAACAAGGGUAAAAUUACUAAUUUCUUCAAAUCAAAAAUAA